AUGCCCAUCCAGCACAAGCCACCACUCCCUCCCAAAUCACAUCGACAUCGCGCACUACUACCGCCGCCACCACCGCUGCGCCGUCGCGCUCGCCUUUUCCCACCGGGGGCGGCGACCUCACCUCGUCGUGCCGCUGCUACCGCCGCCGCGUUGUUCUGGGGGUGGGGGGCGGUCUCGUGUUGUUGUUGUAAAGAUCGCCGUCUUUGGGGGUGGGGGAUCGGACGAGAUGCGGUGGCGGUGGUGGUCUCCUGGUCCGGGCGUGUAGGAGGAGGAGGAGGAGGAGGGGGCAUGGUUGAAGUGGCCUUCGCUUCGUCCGGAUCCUCCGCGGCGGCGGAGGGGGUCUCUACGGCGCCGCGCCGCCUGUGCGGCGAGCUCGUCGUCAGGGACGCUCUCCCGUAUGCCGGGGUGGCUGUUCCGCCACCGCCGGCGCCGCCGCAGGUGCAGGCUACGGGUGGGGGCGGCGGCGGCGGCGGGAAGAUUAGCCCCGCGGUGCUGUUCAUCAUCGUGAUUCUCGCGGUGGUGUUCUUCAUCUCCGGCCUGCUCCACCUCCUGGUGCGGCUCCUCAUGAAGAAGCAGCACCGCCGCGGAGGGGGUGCGGCCGACGGGGUGUCGCGGACGGCCGCCGGGGACGACGGGGGAGCGGGGGACGCGGCGCUGCAGCGGCAGCUGCAGCAGCUGUUCCACCUGCACGACUCCGGGCUGGACCAGGCGUUCAUCGACGCGCUGCCCGUGUUCGCCUACCGGGAAAUCGUCGUGGGCGGCGGCGGCGACGGCGACAAGGAGCCCUUCGACUGCGCGGUGUGCCUCUGCGAGUUCGACGCCGAGGACCGGCUCCGCCUGCUGCCGCUGUGCGGGCACGCCUUCCACCUGCAUUGCAUCGACACAUGGCUGCUGUCCAACUCGACCUGCCCCCUCUGCCGCGGGGUGCUCUUCGUCCCGGGGCUCACGGCGGAGAACAAUCCGAUGUUUGAUUUCGACGAGGGGCUGGAGGAAGGAAGGCUGUCGGAGGACUGCGAUAUCCGGUUCGGAUUGCCUGGGCAGAAGGCUACAGAGGGGUUGCAGACGCCGGCGACUGAGAAGAGGGUGUUCCCAGUGAGGCUUGGGAAGUUCAAGAAUAUCGGGACCCAGGGCUGUGUCGAAGGCGGCAUCGGCAAUGCCAAUGGUGCUGUCUUGAGGAGAGAGGAAGGGGAGAGCAGCAGCAGCAGCUUGGAUGCAAGGAGAUGCUUCUCAAUGGGGACUUACCAAUAUGUCCUAGGGACCUCAGAGCUCCGGGUAUCUCUCCAGCCAGACCGAAUUAGAAAUGGCGGUGGGGGUGUCACUAGAGCAAGGCCUGCCGGGUUAAGCUCUGUCAAUGCUGAGAUCAUGGAGGGGAAGAAGAUAUGCGCACGGAACAAAGGGGAGAGCUUCUCUGUGUCGAAGAUUUGGCAGUGGUCUAAUCUGAAGGGCAAGCUGCCUACUGGCUCAGAUGAAUGUUCAGAAGCAGGGAGCCUUCCAUGGAUGAAGAAAGGUGGCAUUGGGGAUACAUCAAACAUAUGACUGUAGUCUGUACUAUGAUAGUGGCUAAUCUUUUCUCUUGUUGGUGGUGCUCACUUAAUUUCUUACCUAUAGCCAUUUUGACUUUUUCAGUCUGAUUUCUUUGUGCCAAGUUCGAUUGUAAUGCAUUAAUCUCAUGGAGUGAUAACUU